CGAGUGGCCCGAGUGGGAGGAGAAAGCGGCUGCUGGGAAUCAGUCCGAGUAACGGGGUUUGUGGGAGAGGAAAAAAAAAAACUCUGUUGACAACUAAAUUGGGGGCGAGUCGGAAAGUGUCGGGAUCGGCAGCAUCCGUGAUGCCCGAACACUUUCCGAAUCCUGCGUAACGUAUGCGUGGGGAAGAGUUAAGAAAAAACCGGCUGCUGGAAGAUUUUCGUCCAAAUUUGAAGAUAAAGGUGCCGCACGAUGGUUACAGGAGUCUGGAGUGCAUUGGUAUAGUCGAAUCUCUCAGGAAGGAGGGUGGAAGCAGGCUAUUGAGAGGACAGGGCCACGAAAGAAACAAAAAAGGGAAAAGAAAGUACAUUAAAAACCGCAGCCCGGCCAGUCCAAACUCGUCUGCUUCCACGAGGCCGCGCCGCGGCGGAUGAACGUGGAGAGCUGAACGAGUUUCCCAUCUUGCCAAGCGGGACUCCGGCUCGAGUUGGGUUUUCUGGGGGAAACAAGAAGCCAUCAGUGGAACACGAGCACGUUCGCCGGUUGACCUGUUUUCCUAAACUUUCGGAUAUAGAGAUCGCGAUCAUGGCAACGGAGGCGCCCGAAAGCGGGGCAAAACCUGCCAGCGAAACGGACCGAGACACACCCUGGCCGGUCUCCGGAACGCAGGGAAGUGGGACGGCUUCUACAGGGAGUGGGGGCAAGGAGCCUGCAGUGCCCCGUCCACGGCACCGGAGCGCCCCUUCUGCGGCUGCGCGGAGUCCUACGAAGAGCCCGGCUUCUCCGGGGCACAAUGGGAGUUUUUUGGAAAGGCAAGAGUCUUUAGCCACAACAGAAGCGAGGUUGAGGAUGGAGGGAGUUGAGCUGAAAGAAGAAUGGCAGGAUGAAGAUUUUCCAAGGCCGCUUCCGGAAGAAGAGGACAUACAUGGAGACUUCUUUACAGCCACAGAGAGUAGUGACCAGCCUGUAGCACAGUCCUUCGAACUUAAUGGUGAUAAGAAAGCCAAGAAAAAGCUUACAGCACCAAAUAUCAGCCUAACUUUGGAUCGGAGUGAUGGAUCCCUUAUAUCAGAUGAACUUGAUGAGAGUGGGGACUUGAACAUUGAUGACAUUGAUACCCCUUCGGAUAACAGCAAUGAAUUUGAAUGGGAAGAUGAUCUUCCAAAACCCAAGACUCCUGAGUUACUACGCAAGGGAAUGAAUUCAAUUCAGGAGUACUCCACACCAGAAGAGAGGGAGGAGGUACGGCGGUGGCGUUUGUUUAGGAUUGGUGAACAGGACCAUCGAGUGGAUAUGAAAGCAAUAGAGCCAUACAAAAAAGUGAUAAGUCAUGGAGGUUAUUAUGGGGAUGGAUUAAAUGCCAUUAUUGUCUUUGCUGUCUGUUUCAUGCCAGAGAGUAAUCAGCCAAAUUAUCGAUAUAUUAUGGACAAUCUUUUUAAGUAUGUUAUUGGCACAUUAGAGAUGUUGGUGGCGGAAAAUUAUAUGAUAGUUUAUUUAAAUGGUGCUACAACUCGCCGAAAGAUGCCUAGUGUUGGAUGGCUUAGGAAAUGCUACCAACAAAUCGAUAGACGACUACGAAAAAAUCUGAAAUCCUUAAUAAUUGUUCAUCCAUCUUGGUUUAUUAGAACACUUCUGGCAAUCACACGGCCUUUUAUAAGCUCCAAGUUUAGUCAAAAAAUCAAGUUUGUCUUCAGUCUAACAGAGUUAGCUGAGCUUGUCCCUAUGGAAUAUGUUUCUAUACCUGACUGCAUUAAACAAUAUGAAGAAGAAAAGUUAAGGAAAAAACAAAAAAGAGUUGACAAAGACAUGCAAACUAAAUUGCAGGAGGCAGCUGCCACACCAGAGUGAGGACCCCUUUAUCAGAUGGACUGAAGAAUGUGUGAAACAGAAUGCUGCUUUCGAAUCUUUUUUUUUUUUUUUUUAAAUACUUUUCAAAGCAAUGGCUGAUUUUUGUAUUCCUGUUACUGAACAAGUGCCUUUCUUUUAAGACAUGGGAAGCCUGUUCCAAUAUGUGUACUGCUGUAUUAGUUUACUGGGCUUGUGUUGUUUGGUUGCUAAUUGGGUAGUUCAUUUUCUAUUUCAUUUUUCCUGAAAACAAACAACACAUUUAUAGAAAGAAUAGUAACACCUACUUUACCCUCUGUCAGUAAAAUGGCACCCCUAGAAAGUAAAAGAAAGCAACAAUAAAUAUUUCAUAGAGUUAUUAUAAAGAUUUAAAUUACUACUACAUCAUCUAUUUUGUAUGUUUUUAAAGUGGUAGACACACCACCUCCAGAAUGGCAGCCAUCAUAACAAAACCAUGAUUACGGAAUAGAGUCAUUAUUUUGAUUCAGUAUAUUUGCUACAUCAUCUAUUUUGUGUGUUUUCAGAGAGGAAACAAUCUCCAGAAUGGCAGCCAUAGUAAUGGAAGAUGCAAGUCAGAGUUGCUGCAUCUGAUGAUUCUUAAGUCCAUUUGAGAAACGAUACCAUCAGGACCAUAACGAAAAAUAUGGAAGCCGGGUGGUCUGAGGCCGACAAGUCGUUUUGUUAGGCAGUAAUCUUGAUUUUCAUUUCCUUGCCUCUUUUUAACUUUUAAUCCUUGGCUGCUAACUGUUACUUCUUUGAUCGGCGGACGUAUGUUGCACUGUAAUGUCUUGUGUUAACUUGAAGUGUCGAGGUAUACCUGCCAUGCUAACGGACUUACAGGUCAAGUUGCUCAGUUGAUUCAGAUUCACUGAAUUUAUGAAGUUUGUAUUUUUUAAAUUUUUGGAGACAAAAUACAUUUAAUGUUUUAAUAUUUUAAAGAGGAUCCAAUGAAAAAUCUCUGAGAGGAACCUUUAAUUUCUGAAGUGCUCAUUUCUAGAGAAGGAGUGUCCUAUGGAGAAAGGCAAGUACGGUAUUGCAUUUGCAGUGAUUCAUUAUUCACCAGCAAACACCUGGAUGCAGAAUUUUCCUUAUUAAGAGAUGUGCUGUUUUUGUACACAUUCUAUAUAUAUUUUUGUGUAAAUAUAUGUAUGUGUGCUUAUAUGUUUUAAAGCACUAUAUUUUGUUUGAAUAAUGCAUGUUCUUCAAUACCAGUGAAAUAUAUAUUUAUAUUUAUAUUCAACCAUGACAAAGGACAAAGAUUUAAUAUAUUUUUUAUGGUAGAAGAGAGCCUGGGGAAUGUUUUCUGUAUUAGUGAACGAAAAUGUUAAGUCUAAGACUGCAAGGAGAGACUUUGGCAAAAUGGCUGCUUAGGCCGCCACUUAAAAUGAGUGCAAAGGGCCUCAACCGUGUUUAUUGCACAUGCAGAAAAGCCAGUUAGAAACGUGUUCUGUAUUUGAAAACUGAAGAUGUAAGUAGCAUAUCUUUUUUUUUUUUUCUUUCUUGUGUACAAAUUUAAGUUUGUAGGUGAUUGUAAUUGUGAGACUGAAGUGUAACCAUGUGUACAUUUAUUAUUUGCUAUUAAAUUGACAACUGAAAAAUCGA